AUGGCCGAUGACAUGGUAUCUGAAAUCUCGGAUGGGGAUGAAGCUGGAUCCGCUGCGACGAGACGAUCCACCCGAAGAGUCCGACGAUACGGCUUCGCUUGCACCACCUGCAAAUCGCGCAAAGUGAAGUGCAGUGGCGAUCAGCCCCUCUGUCGUGGCUGUGGCCGCUCGGGCGAAGAAUGCGUCUGGCCGUCUCAGAACUCGACAGAGAGUCGGCUACGGAAUGCCAAUGCUCGCAUCAGAGACUUGGAGGCAUCCAUACGCAGCUCUUCCCAAGACCAACAGGCACCAGACACAUCGCGACGUCCUGAGUCUGUCGUGCCCGUGACAGUGGCACAACCAGCGUCAGAUCUGAGCCCAGUGGCGGCAAAUGACACGGCGUCGCCAUCCACCAGCCGCUCGCUCCUGAAUCCUGCUUCGUCUCUCUGGUUCCAAGCCGGCAUAGGUGACGAUGGAACCAUUACUUACAAUGGCCCUACAAGCCGUUUUCACGCUGGAUCAUUGAAGGAAGGGGGUGGUGCGGACGGACACGAGCCAAACUCACCCCAUAUUGAUACCUUGCGGUCCCAGUAUGCAUUAAUGGACUCGGUUUGGACACCGUUGAUCACUACGCAACCUUUCAUCAGGGGCACUGGAGUUGCUACGGAGACUGUCUAUCGACCGGCUAUGAUCAUGGACUUGGCUCUCGGAGGGCCGUAUUGCUCCAACUUCUUGUUGAUGUGUAUUUUUGGGCUGGUGGCGAGACACUUGCCCAAGCAGCAUCCAAAUUUUCAGGGCGUUGGCAGAGGAGACCAGUACAUUGCCCAGGCCAAGAUGCUGCUGUUAGAAGAGAUGGCUGCGCCCAGGCUGUCCAUUACUACCAUCCAGGGGCUCCUGAUACUCGGCGGGCGACAGGGUGCCAUGGGAAACAGCUCCGAGGGCUGGCUGUACACCGGCAUGGCCCUUCGGAUGAUGACAGACAUCGGACUUCACCUCGACACAACCAAGCUCGCGAAACUAGAACGUUGGACACCGGCUGAAAUAGAGACUCGAAAGCGCCUCUACAACUCGGCUUACAUCUGGGACAAGACGCUGAGUCUUGCCCUGGGCCGCCCACCGUCUUUGACAAGGCCGCCAUUUUUCACCCAGGACAUCUUGGACAAGUUUGAUGACGACCGCCCGUGGCGACCCGUCCACGCCCUCGAGGUACUGGAGACGUUUUCUCCUUCGCCGUCUUUGAAUAGCUCCGCGUUUUGCGCCUUCUGCCGCAUCCACGAGAUCACAACGGACAUGAUGCUGUUGUUUUCAAGAAUUCCGAGUCACGAGCAUUUCACAACACAAGUUGGUGAUCUCGAUGCGAGAUUUCAGCAGUGGUAUGAUGAACUUCCCAAUGGUCUUAAAAUCAGCGAGCCUGCUGCAAUGCCUCAAAGCCCCCCACCCCAUAUCGUAUCGCUCAACCUUCUUUACCACACUCUGCGGAUACUCCUUCGACGACCAUAUUUGAUCUCACCCGAUAUGUACGCUAUUCACGGGCUGUACACACGCACGUUCCCUCACCGCCCCAUGACGUACCAAGUGAGUUACUGCAUCUUCAUUGCCGCAACCAUCGAGGUACAGGAAUUGAGAACGGCUUCGACCCAGUUCAGGAGAGAUGAGGCCGCAACGAGACUCGGAGCUGCGGUUAGAGUCCUCCAAGAUGAGGCAUCACACACCCCUGGGAUUGGUAGGAGUCUUGAUACAAUUCGGCGAUUGCUCUGUGUAUGGCAAAACCUGGCCGUGAAUGUGUCUGAAAACGCUGAAGGAUAUUCCAUACAGAGAGCCGUUGACAGACAGCAGCAAGCGGGCGCCCCAGCGGGAAACCGGGAAUCCGAUGUCCAGCAGCCAAAUCAAGGAGGGCAAGAAUUCCGAGAGUCAGAUCCAAGCAACAUCCCCCCCUCCAGUCCCCAGUUUUCACAUAUGGGUAAUGUGACAGGUAUGGGUGAUUAUUACCCGUUGUUUACCCCAGCAAAUGGGCUGGGCGGCUGUGAUGACGUGGGAUUCACAUGGACUGAUACCGGUGCUGGUUUUCACCCCGAAGCGAUGUCUUGGGCUGCUACGGAUAAUUCACAGAGGCCGCCUGGUCUCCCUACAUUUAGUGAUCAAGGUUGGGUUUUAUCUGAUCACUUUGGUAGGGUCGCUGGCGGUCGUCGCGAGUAAAACACCA